GAGCGACCAUCAGCACGGAAGCUGGCUGCUGCUCGGAGGAGGGAGGCCGUCUCCGCUGCGCCACCAGAGAGAGGGCUCCGUCCGGGCAGCUGCGGCGGCUAUGAAUCCUGAUCAAGAUUUUGAUACCGAACAACAAGGCUCCGAUGAUGACUUGGACACAGAGAACAGCCCAGAUCCGGAUGCCCAGGCCCAGGAGUAUGUUGACCGUGUUCUUGGCUCUCCAAGGCAGCCCAGUCAGGCAUCUAAGUGCCUGCCUCCUGAGUCUCUCUCAAUAGGAGAUAGGUCACAGCUGCUGGAAAACAGGUCUCCUCCUCUGGACCUAAAAAGGUCUCCUGUUAGCGAUGAGACAGCUUCAGGACUAUUAUCUCUGCCUUUGGAGCUGAUCUUGAAGAUCUGUUCAUACCUGCAGGCCAGGUUUGUCUUGGGCGUCCUUCCUUUGGUCUGCAAGACACUGAGGGACAUUGUUCAGGAUGAAGUCACUUGGAGAAUCCGCCUGCUAAAGAAGAUUGGCAGCUGCUAUCCGGUUGUGGAAGCAGAUGAUGAUUUUAAUUGGCCUGCUGCUUGCAUUGACCUAGAGGAACACCUUCAGCAAUGGGCAGAAAAUGGCAGAGACAUAGAUUACUUUUCCCUUACUGAGGGACACUUUGCCUCAGUUGACUCUGUGCUGCUCAUUCAGGGAGGGGACCUAUGUGUGUCUGGUUCUCGGGACCGAAAUGUUGUUUUGUGGGACCUAAGGCAGCUAGGAAGAGCACAUGAGAAGGUGCUGGUGAAGACACUGGGGACAGAGCGCAAUGGCACACAUAAGGGGUGGGUGUGGUCACUGGCUUCAAGAGAUGACCAUGUGUGUUCAGGCUCCUGGGACAGCACAGUGAAGCUGUGGGACAUGGCUGCUGAGGGGCAACAGUUUGAUGAAAUCAGAGCAACAGCAGCUGUGUUGUGCCUUGCGUAUCUCCCUGACAUUCUGGUGACAGGAACGUAUGACAAGAAGGUUUCAGUAUAUGACCCACGAGCUGCUCAAGCCCUAGUGAAACGCCGCAAGCUUCAUUCCAGUGCAGUCCUUUCCCUUGCAGCUGAUGAGCACUUUAUACUCUCUGGAAGUGAGGAUCGAACUCUAGUGUGUUUUGACAGGCGAACCAAUAGUGUUCUCCAGAGGCUAAUGCUGGACUCCUAUCUCCUUGCUAUGUCAUAUCACGGCAAUCAACUAUGGGCUGGCGACAACCACGGGAUGCUGUAUGUCUUUGAGAACAAAGGAGGGUGCUUUCACCGCAUCCGGCAUUUCAAUGUGGGUCAUCACUCCCAGAUCACUGGACUCCAACAUUCACUCGGCGCCCUGUACACAACUUCUACUGACAAGACAAUGCGUCCUUUCAGGGUUGAAGCAUUUGGAUUUAUCUUCCAGAUUCAUCUUCCCACAGACCCACCCAAGGUCAUCGGUUCGCGAACACACAACUGUGUAUUGAAUGGGAUCAGUGUCAAAGGAAACAUGGCAGUGGCUGCGUCAGGUGGUAUCUCUUUGGAAGUCUGGAGGUUUGGCAUGCAAUGACAAGUUCAUUGUGACCACACUGUGGAAGUUCAGCGUCUUGAAUGACCUCCCCUCAGGGUCCAGUCCCAUUGCCUGUUGAGUUGUUGGUCUUUUGCAUGUUUUGUGAAGUCAGUUGUUGAAGGUUCAGCUUGAACUAGUCCCAGAACUUUAUAACUAACAGGCUUGGGGACAGAUUAGUGGUGCUAGUGUGCAUCCCAUCCCUGCCAGCUCUCACAUCUCCACAGAGAGUACACACACAGAGGUGCACACUCUACAUCCUCUGCUCUCUUAGCCAAGCCUGCCACAGACAGCAUAGAUGAGCAACUUCUAUUCAGUGGCUUAGGCCUGGCUGUUCACAAGACAAGUGCCUCUGAGUCUGGGAAAUGUCAUUAUGAGGAAGAUAGGUUUGGGGCACAGGGGAGGGGAGAGGCUAACAGAAACCUUGCAUCCUUGUUAUAAGAAGUGUUUACAUUUUAAUUAAAGAUAUCCUACUAUAA